AGGAAGAAGCUCUCGUUGGCUGGGAUUUCGCUUUCGUUAUCUGUUGUGAUAUGUGGUGAUUGUGGGGGUAUAAACUAUAAAGCAAACAAGUUCUGGAGGCGCCUGCACAAUGUCUUCGGCUUCCAUCAACAGCGCGUGCCUUUCCUCUGUGUCUCCUGCCCAGUCCUCCUCUCUUAGGAGACCCGCAUUACGCGUUUUCGCGAGGCUCGGCUCUUCUUCUUCUCCUCCCAGCCUCAUCCGGAACAAGCCUGUUUUUGCUGCCCCCGCCCCUAUCAUCACCCCCACUUUGAGAGAAGACAUGGGGAAGGAAUCAUACGAGGAGGCCAUUGCAGCUCUUCAAAAGCUUCUCAGUGAGAAGGGAGAUUUGAAACCUGUGGCAGCUUCCAAGGUGGAGCAGAUAACUGCCGAAUUACAGAGUCCUGCAGAUGGAAAACCCGACUUUGACCCGGUUGAGAGAAUCAAGUCUGGCUUUAUUAAAUUCAAGAAGGAGAAAUAUGACGCCAAUCCAGCUCUCUACUCUGAGCUUGCCAAAGGACAAAGCCCCAAGUUUAUGGUAUUUGCUUGCUCAGACUCUCGGGUUUGCCCAUCACAUGUUCUGGAUUUCCAGCCAGGAGAGGCUUUUGUGGUCCGUAAUGUUGCUAACAUUGUCCCUCCCUAUGACCAGAGUAAAUACUCAGGAACUGGAGCUGCUAUUGAGUACGCUGUUUUGCAUCUCAAGGUAUCAUACAUUGUUGUGAUUGGUCACAGCGCUUGUGGUGGGAUUAAGGGGCUCUUGUCCUUCCCAUUUGAUGGAACCUCCUCCACUGACUUCAUUGAAGACUGGGUCAAAAUUGCUUUACCUGCCAAGAACAAGACCAAAGCUGCAUUGCCUAACGCUGAUCUCCCGCAACUAUGCGCCUACUGUGAAAAGGAGGCAGUGAACACCUCCCUUGGAAACUUGCUAACCUAUCCUUUUGUAAGAGAAGGCUUGGUGAACAAAACUCUUGGAUUGAAGGGUGGUUACUACGACUUUGUUAAGGGAUCAUUUGAGCUCUGGGGACUUGAUUUUGGCCUUUCUUCCUCAUUCUCCGUUAAAGAUGUGGCCACCAUACUUCAUUGGAAGCUCUAGGGACCAUUGCUUAUAGGUCGGUCGUCCCUGCAAAGACGAGGCUGUCUUAAUUAUAUGAUUAUGUAGAAAAUAGGCAUCUGUUUUUGAGAGUUGGGUGUAAAUUGUUUAAUCCCCAAGUAAUUGCUAAUUUACAUGUUUCCAGCUUAAUUUGUUUUUCUCCACAAACCAUAUGUUU